GCUGGUUUUACCUGUCUUUUAUCAUGUGGAUCCUAUUCAGGUGCAAUUGCAGCAAGGCAGGUUUGGAGAAGCCUUGACUAAACAUGAGGAGAGGCUCAAGAAUAAUAUGGAAAAGUUGGUUAAAUGGAAGAUUGCUCUGUAUCAAGUUGCUAAGUUGUUUUCCUUUCAUAUCUACCAUGGGGAUGGUUAUGAGUAUGAGCUUAUUGGGAAGAUUGUGGAGUGGGUCUCCAAGAAGAUUAAUCGUGCUCAUUACCCAAUUGGACUAGAGUCACAAGUGCAAGAGGUAAUGAAACUUUUGGAUGUUGGAUGUGAUGGUGGUCCCCACAUGAUCGGGAUUCAUGGAACUGGUGGGGUUGGAAAAUCGACACUGGCUCAAGAAGUUUAUAAUAAUUUGAUUUCUGAAAGGUUUGAUGCUUCAUGUUUUAUUGAAAAUGUGAGAGAAAAAUCAAACAAGCACGGGUUACAAUACCUCCAAAGCACCAUUCUAGAGAAUUUACUUGGAGAGAAGGACAUCAAGUUAACUAGUGUGGAACAAGGAAUUUUAAUGAUACAACGCAGGCUCCAGAAAAAGAAGGUUCUCUUGAUUCUAGACGAUGUUGACAGGCAGGAGCAAUUGCAGGCAGUUGUUGGAAGAGCUGAUUGGUUUGGUCGUGGCAGCAGAGUCAUAAUCACAACACGAGAUGAACAGCUCCUUGCCUCCCAUGAUGUUCAAAUAACUUAUGAGGUGAAGAAAUUAAAUAACAAGGAUGCUCUUGUAUUGCUUAAAUGGAAAGCUUUUAAAAAGCAUUACUUUGAUCCAAGGUAUGAGNAGCUCUUGAAUCNUGCNGUAACUUUUUCUGNUGGCAUUCCAUUAGCUUUGGAAGUAAUAGGUUCCAACUUGUGUGGAAAAAGUGUAGAAGAAUGGAAAUCUGUCAUUCAUCAAUUAGAAAAAUGUCCCAAUAAUCCGGUCGAAACAGUACUUAAAGCAAGCUUUGAUUCUUUGGAGGAAAAAGAAAGGAGUGUUUUCCUUGACCUUGCUUGUUGCUACAAAGGAUAUGAAUUGGCAGAGGUCGAAGAUAUACUUCAAGCUCAUUAUGGUCAGAACAUGAAAUGUUACAUUGACUCAUUGGUUGACAAAUCCUUAGUUAAGCUUAGUCAUGGUACAAAACCUUGUUAUGACAGAGUUACAUUGCAUGACUUGAUUGAGGACAUGGGUAAAGAUAUUGUCCGACAGGAAUCAUUGACAGGGCCAGGUGAGCGUACGAGAUUAUGGUUACUCGAAGAUGUAAGACAACUUUUAGAAAACAGCAGGGGAAAUAGUAAAAUUGAAAUCAUAUGUCUGGAUUUCUCCAUAUUUGAUCAAGAAGAAAGAGUAGAAUGGGAUGGAAAGGCCUUCCAGAAUAUGCAAAACCUCAAAACACUUAUUAUUAAACAUGGUAGUUUUUCCAAAGGUCCAGAAUAUCUCCCAGAUAAUUUGAGAGUGCUUGAAUGGUGGAGAUAUCCGUCAAAUUGUUUACCAUCUGAUUUUCAUCCAAAGGAACUUGCCAUAUGCAAGUUACCCUGCAGUAGUAUUUCGACAAUUGAGUUGACAAACAUAUUGAAGGCAAGUUUAAUGAGUGCAUUAUUUGUAAAUUGAUAAAUCCACUGUAAGAUUAUUCAUUCAAUUCUUCUUUCUUUUUUCUUUGCAGAAGUCGGUGAAUUUAAGAGUUUUGAAAUUUUCAAAUACAAAGGUUUAACCAUGAUAUAUAACAUAUCUGGUUAGCAAGUGUGGAGAAACUUUCAUUUGAAUAGUAGUUAUAUGGUUAAAAUAAUAAGUUUAUGGACUAGCAAGAUUCACACACGGUAUUUGUGCAAGUGUAAAGUGUGAAGUUCGAUGGAGUUAAAGUUUGUAAGUGGUAAAAUUAGUGUGAAAGGUAAAUUAUCCUGUGUCAUACUUUAUCAUAGUAACUCAUUUUAUA